UGAUAUAGAAGAUACCAACAUUUUCAUGGUUGAUUCUGGUUUUUGGGUUCGAUGAUUUCACUGGCUGUUGUUAUGCUGCUUGUUUGAUGGGUUUUAUUGCAAUGGGUACUGCAUGUGUGUGUGUGUGUGUUUGAUUUCAGUUGAAGAUUGUGUUUGCCAUGAAAAGUUCAGAUCUUUUGAACUCAAAUCAUGAGUUUUGAGGGGCAAUUUUGGUUUUAAUAUUUGAAUGCUAUUAUCUUUAAGCUCGAUAGCUCGGACACGGAUAUGGAGAAAUGGGACACUCGAAUACGAACGCUGCAAAACGGUGUUAUUUAAGUCCAUCAUGGCUUGUAGACGGGAACAGAUUUGCUACAAAAAUCAAAAGUGCUUGUCAUCCAGAAACGGUGACAUGGAAGAGCAAUCCAUCUAAACCUUGCCCCAAUUGCCAUCAUAUUAUUGACAACAAUGAUGUUACUCAAAAGUGGCCUGGAUUACCCAAAGGUGUGAAAUUUGAUCCGGCCGAUCAAGAAAUUAUUUGGCAUUUACUUGCAAAAGCUGGUGCAGGAGGUUUUGAACCUCACCCUUAUAUUGAUGAGUUUAUUCCUACUGUAAUCAAGGAUGACGGUAUCUGUUACACCCAUCCUCAGUAUCUACCAGGUGUUAGGCAGGAUGGAAGUGUAUCUCACUUCUUCCACCGAGCAAUCAAGGCCUACAGUACUGGGACUCGAAAGCGUCGAAAAAUUCAAGGUGACGAUUCAGGUGAUGUUCGAUGGCACAAGACUGGCCGGACUAAACCAGUGAUAUUAGAUGGAAUUCAGAGGGGCUGCAAGAAAAUUAUGGUUCUCUAUAUGAGCUCAGUCAGAGGAGGCAAAGCUGAGAAAACUAACUGGGUCAUGCACCAAUAUCACUUGGGAACUGGUGAGGAUGAGAAGGAUGGAGAUUAUGUAGUUUCCAAGAUAUUUUAUCAGCAGCAGUCGUCUAACAAAGGUGACAAAAUUGAAGAUGAUUUGCUUGAAAAUAUUGAUACUAUGAUUGUGAAAGUGGAUCCCGUCACUCCCACAUCUGUGAUUCCUGAACCUCCACGUACAGAAAGGAGAUGUCCGGAUUUUGACUUGGGAAAUGAGUCCAUUGUUUCUAAUGUUUGUGCAGAACACCCUCAGCAUCCUGAUAUGGAAGAACAUGUAGAAAUUCAGGUUCAACCUGAAUGUGACAAUCCUGAUUUUGAUGAUCAACUGGAGGUUGAAAAUCCUAAUGACAUGAUGGAUAAUAAUGAUAAUUAUGGUGAGGACGGACAGAAAUGGUGGGACAGUGAGUCGCAGAAUCUGUUGAAUUCACAACAGCUUGUGGAAGGCCUUUCGUUGUGCGAUGAGCUUCUGCAAAGCCAAUCUCCUGACAGGUACGGAAAUGGGAAUGAAAGGGCCAACAGAAUACCCCGUCUUGCUGAUUAUGCUCAGUUAGGACCAGAGGACCUAAAGAAGGAUCUUGAGGAGUGCCAAAAUCUUGUCCUUGAUCCAGCUAACAUAGAACUCGAUACACCUCCAGAUUUUAGACUAAGUCAGCUUGAAUUCGGAUCACAAGAUAGCUUUAUUGCGUGGGGUGGUGGUAAGAUGAUUGACAAAGAACGGUUUGAUUAACUCGGACAAGCAUCAUCAGGGCAGUACAUAUCAUUUUGCUCCUCUUUUUUUUGUAUGCUUCGCCUGUUUCAUCCGCUUUUUUGAAACUGUAUCAUUUUGAGAGAGAACUCAAAACUGUAAGUUUGUCAUGGCGAAGUAAUGGUUUAAACAACCUAAGCUGUAACUAAAUUUGUGCUAACGCUACAAAACAGAUUGAAGUUAUGGUCUUUCUGUUUUGAUAAGGCUUCAAGCAAAAUUCUAGAAGCCUUAUUGACUAAUUUUGCUGUAAUCUUGGUUCCAGAGCGUAAUGAUAUAAUGUGCAUACAGUAAA